ACGCAAAAAAAAAGUGUUGCUUUAUUACUUACAUCAUCAUGAAGAUUUUCGCCAUUUUAGUUUUACGAAAAGAUGCCGACAAAGCAAAAAUAUUGGCAUCUCAAUACGACUUGUCUAGCUUCAACUUCUUUCAACGUGGCACAGUAAAGGAAAUUAUGGAUUUCUCGGCAACUACCAUUACUGAACGUACAUCAUCAGGCCAACGUCAAAGUGUCGAAAGUGAAAAUAAUGUUGUUCACAUUUAUAUGCAUCCUCAAGGUGCAAGCGGUAUUAUCAUAAGUGAUAAAGAUUAUCCUACAAGAGUUGCUUUCUCUCUAUUAAACAAGAUUAUGGAUGAAGUAUUUACAAAAUAUCCUCAAUGGAAGACUUCGGCAACUAUUGAUUAUUCAGAGUUAGCAGAAUAUAUAAGCAAGUACCAAGAUCCUCAGCAAGCCGAUACCAUCAUGAAAGUUCAAAAGGAAUUGGACGAAACUACCGCAAUUUUGCAUAAAACGAUUGAUUCCGUACUUCAGCGUGGUGAAAAACUUGAUUCACUCGUAGAUAGAUCAGAGGCUUUAUCAGCACAGAGCAAAAUGUUUUACAAGACAGCAAGGAAGACGAACUCAUGCUGCGUUGUUAUGUAAUUUGUCCUAGUGAUAUUGUAUCUUUGCUAGUUGAAUAAAGUGAUAAUAAGACGACAAUAGAAUAAAUGUGUGAGGUUAUGACGUUUAACAAGUAUGAAAAAGGGGUCUGUCAUCUGCUCAGUUACACAAAUAUACAGAAUAAUAGAACCAUCCGUAUUCCCUUUGUGGAUCCUUAUGUUUUUGUUCAAUUAGAUCAUUUGAACGUGUUCCGAGGCAUCUUGUUUAAUUUCAAUUGAACCAAGUUCAAUAUGUUCUGCUUCGUUCUUAUCAUUCACUCUUGGCUCAACAGCAAGAACAUCAAUCCCUUCGAUCCGUUAUAUUAUGAAAGCAGUGUAUAUCUGCAAAAUUGCACUUGCCUUUCCUAAUCUUACCUUUCUAAUUUGGCUCAUCACAUCCAAAUAUGUGAAAUAAACUCAGAACAUAGCAUAUGCUGAUACUUGAGCUAUAUUUCAAG